GGGCGGUCCUGCAUAAUUGGGCAUCUGGGCUGUCGGGCCCGCCCCGUCCCCGGGAGUGGGAGUUUGCUCCGACUUUGUUUAUGGGACAGUCCGGGAGCCGCGGCCGCCGCGCUCGUCGCCUGCGUCUCGUCUCGGCUCCCCGCGCGAGCGCCGGACGCGGGCCCGGGGGCAUGUGAGAGGCCGAGCCCCUCGGCUGCCAGGCACCCCUCGGCGUCGGGCGCGGUCCCCGGGCGCGGCCCCCCCAGCCCUGCCGGCCGCCAGCGGCCUCCGCGCGCCCCCUCAGCGCCCGCCCGACCCGACGGCCACUUCCCGCGGCGCCCAGACCCGGCCCCGCCGCGCGCCCAGAAGAUGAAUCCCGCCUCGGCCCCGCCGCCGCCGCCGCCGCCCGGGCAGCAAGUGAUCCACGUCACGCAGGACCUGGACACGGACCUGGAGGCGCUCUUCAACUCGGUCAUGAACCCCAAGCCCAGCUCGUGGCGGAAGAAGAUCCUGCCCGAGUCCUUCUUCAAGGAGCCCGACUCGGGCUCGCACUCGCGCCAGUCCAGCACCGACUCGUCGGGCGGCGGCCCGGGCCCGCGGCUGGCCGGCUCGGGCGCGCAGCACGUCCGCUCGCACUCGUCGCCCGCGUCCCUGCAGCUGGGCCCCGGAGCGGGCACGGCGGGCAGCCCCGCGCAGCAGCACGCGCACCUCCGCCAGCAGUCCUACGACGUGACGGAUGAGCUGCCGCUGCCCCCCGGCUGGGAGAUGACCUUCACGACCACCGGGCAGCGGUACUUCCUCAAUCACAUAGAAAAAAUCACCACCUGGCAAGACCCCAGGAAGGCGAUGAAUCAGCCCCUGAACCACAUGAGCCUGCACCCGGCCGCCGCGCCCGCCCCGGCAGCCCCGAGGCCCAUGGCUGUGUCGCAGCCCAACCUGGUGCUUGGCCACCAGCAGCAGCAGCAGAUGGCCGCCAGCUCCCUGGGCCCACAGAGCCACCCGGCGCAGAACCCGCCCGCCGGACUCCUGGCCCUGCCCAACGCGCUGACCACACAGCAGCAGCAGCAGCAGAAGCUGCGGCUCCAGCGGAUCCAGAUGGAGCGGGAGAGGAUCCGGAUGCGCCAGGAGGAGCUGCUGAGGCAGGAGGAGGCUCUCUGCAGGCAGCUGCCCAUGAAGCCUGAGAUGCUGGCCACGGUGCAGAACAUCGUCAGCCCUCCGGCCAUGACCCCCGACAUGAGAUCCAUCACCAACAAUAGCUCCGAUCCCUUCCUCAAUGGGGGGGCCUACCACUCGCGGGAGCAGAGCGCGGACAGUGGCCUGGGCCUGGGCUGCUACAGCGUGCCCGCCACCCCCGAGGACUUCCUCAGCAACGUGGACGAGAUGGACACAGGAGACAGCGCGGCCCCGACGGCCAUGAGCAUGAACCCGCAGCAGAACCGCUUCCCCGACUUCCUUGACUGUCUCCCGGGCACGAACGUGGACCUCGGCACCUUGGAAUCCGAAGACCUGAUCCCGCUCUUCAACGACGUCGAGUCGGCUCUGAACAAAAGCGAACCGUUUCUCACCUGGCUGUAAGCCGCGCCCUCACCCUGGGCCCCUGGGACACUCCUCGGAGCAGAGCUGAGGCUGCAGGUGACCCCCUCCCCGCCUCCCUGCCUCCUGCUCCGGCCUCUGCCCUGAUGGACACUCACUUCAGCGGGAGUGAACGGACCUGGCCUUCCCUCACGCUGCAGACCUGUGGGCCCGGGGCCGGGUGAGGCGGGGCUGGUCCAGCAAAGCCAGUUUAGCUCUCGCCGCCCCAGGGGUCAGCGUCCUGGGUCCUAGUGGAAUCUGUCUGCCAGUUGAUCAGAACCCACCCGAUUUCCCAAGGGGGCGUGUAUGUGUGUGUGUGGGGGGGGCGUGGGGGGAGGCUCAGUCCAGGGAAUGAACACGACCCCCGACCGACUGGUUAUCCGGAAGCUGUUCGUGCCAGUGUAGUACCAAACGCUUUGAAACAUAUUGAACUUGAGCUUCAAAAACAAAAAACAAAAAACACAAAAAAACCAAAAAACAAAGAACAAAACCUCUGUGCGGAUGGCACGACUCGGCUCUGGGGACGCCUGGCUGGCUUGCCAGGUCCUGGUGGUGACUGUUCUGUUCCUACCCAGCCACACGGCGUUCUGUCAAAAUCUUUAUUUUUGAACAUUUUUAUUGCAGAGUUUACUUCUCUCCUCCCCAGUAGGAGGGAAGCGGGGUCGUCUGGGCCCAUCACCCAAUGCCACAGAACUCCGGAAAGAGACCCAUUUGGGGACCCUCUCCGAGCCUCCCCCCCCUACCAAAUUCUUACAAAGGGCAAGUUGGAUCUCUAACGGACCACCUCUUAGGAUGGGAGAUUUCGGGCACCGUCAUUUUGCCGAGAACACCAGGGCUGCCGAGUUUGGGUUUUUUUUUCUUUGUUACCCACCUGGGGAAACUCUGGGUUUGUUUGUCUUGGGAAACGGUUCUGUGAGCAUGAGAGCAGCGGUUCCGUCUGCCGCCUGCAUUUCGCCUUUGCUUCUCGAAACCCUGGAACCGGGCUGGGUCUGCUUUCGAGAUUUCAAAUGCAGCGAAAAUCAUCUCCUCUAGGAGAGUGUGUGAAGGAUGGAGCUGAUCUCUGACUGGUGUGGAAACGCCCGCCGGGGCGUCUGACGUCAGCCAAACCCAUUCCUCCGUAUAUUCUGCUAACCCCCUUUGCUACCGUGGGUAUACAGAGGCAUGAACUAGUACUCAAUACCUCUUAUGUAACCAAAAAAAAAAAACAAAAAACAAAACCCAAAAAAAACACAUUAAAAAAAAAUUAACUUUGAAGGACUGAGAGGGAACACCCGUGGGGGUCCCCGGGCCUGCAGCCUGCCUGCAUUGCCGAUGACGUCCUGAGCGUUUCACGGUGGGAACUGACAUUAUUUAUGAUCUAUGAAUUUCCUAUCUCUUUGAAAUCGCACCCUUCAGGUCUCCGGGAGGAAACUCUCCAUUCCCUGGGCUCCGGCUUCCCGGGGUGGGGGUGGGGGGUCCGAGGGCAGGUCCCCACGCAGGGACAGGCGCGGGAUCCCCUGGCGGGUGGAAGAAGGCAAGUGUGGAGGGCCGAGGUGGAGGUGAGUGGGUCGGGUUCGAGGCCAGGAGGUUCUACUGGAGAAGGGGACGUGGGUGAGAGCCAGGAGCUGGGAGGGGGAGCCAGGCCCUGUCGGGAGGAAAAGCGCUUCAGUGCACUUUAUGGGGGAGGGGCGAGAGCAUCCGUCAGCUGGGGCCUCCCCCAACGCCCAGAGAUGCUCGUGGUGCCCUGGCUCCCUUCCCAGUGCUCCGGGAGAAGUGGACGGAUGUGUGUGUCUGUCACUACUACACUGAAGAGAGCACUCUUUCUUUUUCUCUUUGGUUAGUCGUCAUUGCAGAAAGCCGCAAAACUUUUUACAAAACAGAGAGCAAUCCAAAGAACCGAGGCGUUCUUUCUGGUUCCUUCUAAGGAAAGAAAAAAACAAACAAACAAAAAAAAAGGAAACACGAAACAACAGCAACUGAGACCUAACAACUGAGCAGUGUUACUGUAUUUUUAAAAAGAUAUUUUUAUAGAUGUGUUUUCAGGGUGUAUAAGAGAAACAGCUAUCCCCCUGUUUUUGUUUUUGUUUUUUUAAUAGUUAAAACCUGGACGAUUUGUAUUUUUGAUUUUUUUUUAUAAUUUCCUAGUAAGCUGUGGCAUUAGAAAAUACUAGAAAAAAAAUUUAGUGAAAUUAGUUGGCACAUUUAUUAAUGAAUAUAACAAAUAUUUUUUUUUUCAUGAUAAAAUGUGGACCCAGAGGAAGUGUUUACUAAUAGACAAAGCCAGAUAUAAAUUGUUUGUUUUCAGGGCCAUCAACAAUGGCCUUUGUGAACAAACACUAAAGUUAGAAAUUUCAAGUUUUAAAAAAAAAAACUUUUUAAAAGGUUUAUAAAAGGUUUAUCCUAAUAUCAGAAGUAUUAAACCCCUGCAGAAAUCUUAAUAAGGUGCUAUUUAUAUUAUAUUUCUUACUAUAGAGCAUCUUCCUGGAGAGUUCGUCUAUUUAGUUUGAAAUCAGUCAAUUCCACUAUUUUAUCCCUUCUUUUUAUCUUAUUUAAGAUGCCUAUGAAAAAUUAAAAUAAUUCUAGAUCUGGAGAGACGGUAGUUUGGGGACGGCUCCUGCCCUGCCCUGACAUCACCCCUGGUCCUCCAGCCCCGCCAGGAGUGAGCCCUGAGCAUUGCUGGGGGUAGGCCCUAAACUAUAAAUUAAUGAAUAAUAAUUUCAGAGACUUGUCUUUCAAGGUCCCCCCCCCCCCCCCCCCCGCCCUGCCCCUGAUAAAGUACUUUUUCUCGAAUACAUUGCCAAGUACCUAUUCGCAGCCUGCACAAGCGAAGCCCUGGUUAGCGGCUCACUGUAGUACUUAGGGUGUGAGGUGGUCGUGUGGCGGAUGGCACAGGACAGAGCGUCGCCCGCGCGGAGUAGGGAGCGCUCCGCGGAGGCAGCGAGCUGGCGCGUGUGUUCGCUCUGAGGGAGUUGCCCCGGAAGCGGAGGCUGUUCCGAGGGAAGGGGAAGGGGAGCCGGGGGAGCGGGAGUGGACGGAGGCCGUUUCCCUAACACACUGCUGCAGCUAACCCGAGCAGAUGUCCCUCUCCAUGUCACCUGACACACGCGUGUGCGUGCGUGUGUGCGCGUGUGGGUGUGGGCAUUUGGAGAGGGGACGUCCCGUCGGUCCCACCCGACCUCUGCCCUGCAUUUGGGGCUGGUUUUGACUCCGCUGUCUCUGUAAGAGAAAUAAACGCAAUUGGAUCCCC